UCUAAGCGACGACACGGUCCAAGGAAAACCAUUCGGAGGGAUCAUGGAGGUGCUCAUCAGCGUCUGGUGGAGGACUACUUCGCUGCACAACCACUCUACCCCAAGAGUAUGUUCCGUACAAGAUUCCGUAUGAAUAGAGAACUCUUCCUACGCAUCGUGAAUGCCCUUGGUCAGUGGUCUCCCUAUUUCACUUAUAGGGCCGAUUGUUCUGGUCGAAUAGGGCUCUCACCAUUGCAAAAGUGUACGGCAGCCAUGCGCAUGCUAGCAUACGGGACCCCUGCAGAUGCCCUUGAUGAGUACUUGAAGAUUGGGAAGAGCACUGCAUUGCAGCGUUUGGACACGUUUGCACAAGGGGUGAUUCGGGUGUUCGGUGGGGAGUACUUGCGACGCCCCACACGAGAGGAUGUCGAGCGUAUACUUCAUGUUAACGAGUCUCUCCCUGGAAUGAUAGGAAGUAUCGAUUGCAUGCAUUGGCGAUGGGAGUUGUGUCCUUUAGCAUGGAGGGGGCAAUUCACCCGCGGUGAUUAUGGAGUACCAACAAUGGUCCUAGAAGCCGUUGCUUCCCAGGACCUUCAUAUUUGGCAUGCUUUUUUUGGAAUUGCUGGGUUGAACAAUGACCUUAAUGUGCUCAACCAGUCCCCUCUGUUUUUUGAUGCAUUGAAAGGAGAAGCCCCUCGAGUUCAGUUUUCUGUCAAUGGAAAUGAGUAUACCACAGGUUACUACCUUGCCGAUGGUAUAUAUCCUGAAUGGGCUGCCUUUAUGAAGACCAUACCACUUCCCCAAAUAGAGAAGCACAAGUUGUUUGCCAAGCACCAAGAAGGGGCAAGGAAAGAUGUUGAGCGUGCUUUCGGGGUAUUGCAGUCCCGUUUUACCAUUGUCCGCCGUCCUGCACGUCUAUGGAAGAGAAAGAGUGUUGGAAGGAUCAUGCUAGCUUGUGUGAUUCUCCACAAUAUGAUUGUCGAAGAUGAGAAAGAGCAGUAUCGUUGUCAUGGUGCUUUGCGCCACCGGUUUGUUGCUUACGACGUCUUUGUCGGGAUCAUAUUUUUUAUGUCUGUCUCCUCGCCCCCCUCGAGCGAUUACUACGAUGAACCACGCAUAGAUCCUGGGCGAUAUGUCUGCCCACGGCCCCCUCAAGUGGCUAGAGGCCCUAGAGGAGAAAUUUGGGCGGAGAGCUCCAUCGUUGCUCGCGUUUCAUCCACUGCCGUCCGCGGCGAAACAUUUGGCGUCGGCCGCGGUGCUAGGAUCCUCAUCGGCUCCUGCUUCAUCGGAUGCUUCCACUGCGUCGGCGGUUGCCGCUCCAUCACUGGCCUUGCCAAAACCCUCAUCGGCCGCGCCGAAACCUUCGUCGGCUGCGGCGCAGCAUUGCUCAUCGGCGGCUGCCCCGUCGUCAGAUGCUUGGAUUCUGACGCUGGAUGCCGCUCAGUGGCCGGUCUCGUUGAAACCGUCAUCGGCCGCGCCGUCGGAUGCGGCGCACCUGGGAUCCUCAUCGGCUCCUGCGCCGUCGUUGGUGUAGAUAGAAAUUGA